CAGGAGACAGCUGUGUUUGCUUUUAAUGGCUAUCACAAAUGCUGCAGUAAUUCCACCCCAUCUGAAAAUUCCCACCCCUUCAACAUGCUCCCAAAUUACAGCUAUGGAAUGAAGCUUUCCAGAGAGUUAGUAUUUUCCACAACGAGGACAACGAGAACGAUUCCUUCUGUGGGUUUGCAUAAUGGAGGUCAACUCUCAAUCCAGCACUCAACAGAUUCCAUGGAAAGAUGUUGAGUUGGCAAAAGAGAAGAAUCCCAAAUACCAAACCUACCAGCGAGUGGCUCUGGUUUUGGCAUUAGUAUUCCUUGUUUUGGCUCUCUGCAUUGUCGGCAUGCUGUACCUCUGGAACCCAAGUCCGGGGAAGGUUUAUGACCAUGGGUACAAAGCUGUGCUGGAUGGGGUAGAGACAGACAGCAUGAUGAGGAUUGAUCCAGGUCAGCGCAUCGAGAUCUUCAGAAUGGGAAACGGAAGCAAGGAGGUGCUGGAGGUGCAUGACUUUAAAAAUGGAAUUACUGGGAUCCGGUUUGCUGAACAUCAGAGGUGCUACAUCAGUACCCAAACUAAGAAGAUUCCCACAGUGGCAGAAGUGGAAGUUGAGGGCGCGGAGCAGGUGCGUGAGACCGACGCCACGGAUGUGAAGGUGGAGGACUCCCGAGUGUGGGUUCCUGCUGAGGAGCCCAUCGUUAACCCAGCAUUCCUCUUCAACUCCAAGAUCUGGGAGAUUUGCCAGGAGCUGCCCAUCCAUUGGAUUCAUUCCUCCCCGCUGAGUGACGCCAACCGCCAGGAGAUGGGAAAUGUGGACGCACCUGAUGCAGAGGUCAGAGGUCAGCGAUUCACUCGUGAUGUCCUGGACCACCUUCCCGUAAACGACUAUACAGAAAUUGGAAUUGAACUGGACGACCGUCUGGAUGAGCGUGGCUACUGCUGCCGGUACUGUCGUCGAGGUUACCGCUACUGUAGACGCUACCACGAGCCCCUGGGCGGUUUCAACCCUUGGCCAUACUACUACCAAGGAGGUCGGGUCAUCUGUCAAAUUGUCAUGCCCUGCAACUGGUGGAUCGCACGCAUGCUGGGGAGGAUCUGAGAAAGGUGUUUGUUUGCUGACAUCCAAGUCACCGCAGUUUUAUUCCUGAUAAAAGUUCAAAACCAAAACAGACAAUUGCCAACAACUAUUAUCCAAUCUGAACGUCACCCCUUUGAGUAUUAAUCAAUAUAAACAGUCUAAAUGGUGAACUGGUCAUUCACAGCUGUCUAAAUUCCAUUACUUACACCCAUUUGGUGCCCUUGCAUUUUGAUUGCGUACAAUUUUGUUUCAAACUUGUCAUGUGUAAAAAUGCUGUUAUACAACAGCACCAUCUGCAAUUAUUUUCCAAAACAUUUAUUUUAUACUUCAUAGGUUAAACAGUUGAAUGGUUUUGUCUCAUGUGACUGUGAGUGGUGCAACGUAACCACUUUGUCAGGUCCAUAAGUACUUGGCCAGUGGUAUAUUUUGCCUCCAGACACCAUCACAACAGAGAUAAAAAAUAAGACCAUCAAGAUGUUCUUACAGCGUAACCUUUCAGCAUUAGUUUUAGGUCUUUAACAAAGAUAUUGCAUCAAACAGCCAUUUUUAAACACACUCCCUCUUAUUUUUAGAGCUCAUAAUUAAUUGGACAAACAAAAAACAAAGGAUUAUUAUCUUAGAAAUCAUCAUUUUUGCAGCCAGUUUUCUUUAGAUAAUGCCUUACUUCAUUUACAUUAGUUAUUAUGAAAUGCAAACAGUAUGGAGCUGGAUGGAGAAGGCAGUUCUCAAAAACUCAGUGGCCAUGCCAGAAGGCUAGUGAGGGAAGACUAGAGAGGUGUAUGGAGGUAAUAUUACAUAAAUAUGUCACUAUCCAACUACUUAUGCACCUGACUGCAGCGUGUCUCAGAUUGUUACAUCAUGUGCAUAAUUAAAGAAAUCUUUGUGAUGUAAUUGCUGUUGUAUUACUCAGAGCUGACAUGACCUCCUGAACACCUUCAGGUGUGUUAUGACACUGAGGAGGUGAUUUAAUCUGAAACAAUGUCAGAGGGGAAAUAACACUUUCCCAGAAGUAAGACAGAAUUGUGAAACUGAUAUUCUGUGAUCAUAAAAACAUAGACAUUGUAUUGAAAAAUGAUUUUUUUUUUCAUUUUUUAAAAAUUCUUUCAAUUAAAAUUGUGUUGCAUGAAUAACCUCAGUUGUCCUAUUAUGAGCGGUUGUAGGACUCUCUUGAAGUAAGCUGUGUUUGUGUGAACAGUGUUGUAGAUUGAGCCUGACUCAUGCAAUCCUAAAAACAGAAAGUAACACUCACUUUCACUUCUCCAUUAGUCCCAGUGCUGAUUAACA